AUGAGUGAUGAUAGUGGUGAAGCAAUCAAACAAAACAAAAAGCAAAUAGAGAUUUUUAAGUCACGAAUAAACGGUAUAGCUCCCUUAGUUUACCCUUCAUAUUCUCCAAUUACUCCUGCGGCUACUCUUAUGACUACUCCUGUUGUAAGUGAAACUUCUGAAACCGACAAAUGGAAAAAAUUUUUCAAUAAGUUCCAUCAAAAAAAAAGGCAAUUACAGAUUGAUAUUGAAUGGGAAGAGUUUUCGAGUAGAUGCGACUAUUCAAUUAUGAUUUAUGAGAAAAUGAAAAAUGAAGAAUAUGAAUCUGAUAUUAAUAAAAAGACUAAUAGUUUGAUUAAAGAUUCUGUUCCGAAUGCUGAACGUAAUGAAGUUUUUCGUAAGAAAAAAUUUCAUAAAACAAUGUUAAAUUUGAUAAAAACUGCUGAAGAAAGGCAGGUACUACUGGAAUUUUGCCGUAAUCAUCUUAUCGGUUUGGGCUUCACGGUUAAUUCUUUUUGUGAAGGCACAGAUAAGGACAUUAAAUCUAUUAUCGACUUAUUUGUUGAAAAAUGUGCUGGGAAAUACAACAAUUGUAA